UCUCCCACGGUUACGGAACGAAAUCUAACCCAGGCGCGGAUUUCUUUCGCCACCGCGUGUUGCCGAGUGGUAUCCCCUGGCAACCGACCGCCGGUAGAGGACUCUUUUCUUUAUAAUUUUAUGUUUGUCUCUGCGCACACCGACGCGGGACAACUUUUGGUCUACUGUACUGAAGGCGCUGCGUCAAUUGCCAAUGUCUGCCAAGGCAAAUACACCUAGCAAGCCUCACAGGCCUCGUCAGGAGCUACAGCAGCUUCUCUUGGGGACAGAGGUGGCCCACAAGGCUGACAUCCUCACCUACAGCCGUGGUCACCUGAGCCCCAACACCCUGGUCCAGCCCCAGAGAAAGAUAGAACAGCCAAUCUGGAAAAUGUCUGAGUUCCAGGACAGGGGGGAGGAGGACGAAGGCCUGAGUGACCGUCGUCCCGCACAACGCCUUCAGAGAGAAACCGAGAUGGCCACUUACACAGAGAAGAUGAAGGAGGCUGUGUUUGAUUUUGUUGUCGCCAAGGGGCUAAAACCUAAAGUCCUGAAGCCCGGGCAGCACCAGUGUUCCCCUCGGGGGACGCCACAAGGGGUUAAAGGGCAAAGAGAGGAGAAGAGGUCCGGACUAACAACCAGUAUGGUUCUGGAUCCCUCUGAGCUCUUCUUGGUCCAUCCCAUGAGACCAACACAGCCCAAACCAAAUGGAGGUGCUGAACAGGUGAGGCUGGACAGGUACUGGUUCACACAGUCUUACUUGAGCGGCCUGACCAAGAAAGACCAGUUGAAGAAGAUGAGGCAGUUUGACAGGCAGGUUCUGGGCACACGGGACCUCAAAGACAAGAACUGCAUGAGAGGCAGCAAGGCUGUGGAGAAGUACAAGAGGAAACUAGAAAAGGAGCUGGAAAAACGGUGGGACCAGAGCUGGCCUAGUAGAGAGCGUCUGGGGGUGUUCAGUGACGUCUUGGAUGACGUCUGUGGGGGCUCGUCAGUAUUCGGAGACAUCCUCAGGGAAAUCAAGACUGAUUAUGAUCUGUACCUGAUCUCUCUUCUGGACUCCCAGACAUCUCUCAACAACAUGCCUCACCUAGAUGCUCUGGGCAUCUUAGGGGCAGAGGAUCUGGAGGAAGCCGGGAACGAGGUGUUCAGGCUGGGGGAGGAAGCACGGAGGGCCCUGGAUGAAAACAACCGAGUCCGGAAUGAGUUUCAGAUUGCACAGGACAGAUUCAUGGAAGUCUCAGAUGAUAAAGGGCUCCAAAAGGAGGCCACACUGCCAGAUCUAAUACAGCCAGGAGAGGGCGCCGUCUCCUUUAUAGAUAAGGUUCAGCCCAUGAGGCUUCAGGUGUGGAAGGUGUGGGGGGAGGUACAGCUGUUGGAGACGGAGAUCAAGGAGAAGAUGGUGUCCAUUGUCACCACAGGAGCUACCGAGAGGUGUAUCAGAGACUCCAAGGCGGACAUCAUAAGAAUUCAGGCCUCCAAUGAACGCCUCAGAAACACCAACAAGGAUCUGGAAAACAACAUCAACAUGAUUCUGAACAGAGCGAGAGUCAGCGAAGAUGACAAAGUGUACGUAUUUGCUUGCUUUUGUAUUUCCCAUAAUACCUGGACAAAAGUACACUGUCAUUGUCUUAUAAAUGCAUCAUAACUAAAAAUGACUUAAACUUAGCUUUGCUAGCGGCAUAUCUAGCAUGUAGCUGUUUUUUUAUUAACCUAUUGACUUCUUUGAACUGUACAUCGGGGCAACGCGUUUAGAUAAUGUUGUACAAAGAUCUCUCAAUGGUUUUAUGAAUUCUCUGUCUUUUCACAGGGAGAUGUGGGACAAAAUAUGGAGUGCCCUGCAAACUGAAAACGAUAGAAUGCAACCACUGGUGAAUUAGCACCAAUCAGUGACUGCUUUUGUCCACCAGGGGUCAGUCUUGGACAACUG